AAGAGAGUCGGACCCGUCGACCGGAGUCGAGGGCUUGAACCCGGUGUUAUGAAAGCAUAUAUUCAAUUUAUAAGGGGUAUUAUAAGAGUUGUAUAGGUUUAUAAAUCAACUAAAAGAGUCUAUAACCAUUUAGAAAGCUUUAUAAAACAACUUAUAAUGGUUUGUAAUAGUUUAUAAGGGUUUAUAAAGGUAUAUAAAUAAUUUAUAAGGGUUUAUAAAAAUAAUUUAUAAAAUUGAUACACCAUUAUAAAAUAAUUUAUAAGGGUAUGUAAAAUUAUUUGUAGGAGUCUAUAAACCAUUUAUAAAGACAUAUAAGAUUUGUAAGUCUGACAAAGGAGGUUUCUUCGUUCGUGGAGCUGAAGCGGUGGGGUCUGAAGCGGUGGAGCAUUGUUCGCUGUCCGCAUGUGCCUCAGAAUCUGCCACGUAUCAUCAUCUCUUUAUAAAACAUGCACGUGUUCUUUAUUUUUAUGAAUUUAAUCUUGUGUAUCAAAGUGUUGGGCUUUAAGCCGAAAGACUUGUGCCCAUAAUUUCAGCCUAUGAGGCUUAAAUGAAAAGAAUGUUGACAAAAAAAAGAUUUAUAAGGGUUUAUAAAAGAUUUUAAUGGGUUUUGAAGAGUUUGUAUAGGGUUUACAAAAAAAUAUAAAGGUUUUAUAAGACUUUAUCAAAAGAUUUAUAAAUAGUUUAGAGAGUCUUUUUAAGCUGUUAGAGAAAUAUCUAUUCAGCCAAAAAACAUAUCAGAAGAAUCAGGUUAGUGGUAUUUUGAAGUGUUAGAACUUUUUAUUUCAUGAAAUCAGGUGUAGAGUGGUAUAUUAAGAAAUGAAGCAUUGUUAAAAGAUAGUUGCUUGUUACUAGUACUUAAUCUGAAGGAUGAAUGCUUCUUGAGACAUUAAGAAACAUACAUUCAGAAAGAAGUCGUUAUAGUCUUCUUUGAGUGUGAAUUCAGCUGAAUCAAACCGCCAAGCAAGAUGAGUAGAAGGCAUCAUCAUCAUAGAGCCAUGGCGGAUUGGGGAGCACCAAGUUGAUGAGCUCUUCAAGCAAUCAGUAGAUUUGGGAUAUUUUAUUUUGAUUUACAAGAAUGUAUAAAUUGAUUCAUAUAGGUUUAUAAAUAGAUUUGUAAUACUUUAUAAAAUAUCUACUGCAGUCUAUAAGUUAAUUAUAAAUAUUUAUAAACUAAUUUAUAAAGCUUUGUAAAUCAUUUGAAUCUAGCUCCAAUAGAGUUUGUACUUGCAAAACUCAGUUUUUGUUAGUUGUUACUAACAUGAUCUGAGAAUAUCAAGGCUUCUCCAUAUCUCAUUCUUCUAUAAAAGAAACGAUUGGAACCACACUCAUUUACAUGUCUAACUAAUCUCUUCAACUAUGCAACUCGUAAGAGGAUAUACAAUUGGUUUAGUAUAAGAGAUGUCUGAAGAAGAUGAGAAAGAAUGAUGUAUAAAGAAGCCAACUCUGCAACUUUUAUAAAGAGUUAUAAAUAUUUAAUUCUUUGAUCAUACAAACCACAUUCUUGUCCAGAGUUCCUUUUGCUUCUUCAAACAGCUCACCAACCUCGUCGAUCUUCAAAAUCUGAGCGCAAGACAAUCACAUAUUAUUCAUACGCAUCAUCACUCACUUCCAAAAACAAGAUUCAAAAAUAAUAUGAUUUGGUAACUCAACAAACUCAUGCUCCAUCUCCACUGCUUCUAUAGAUAUUAUACACAAAACAAGACAUAAUAAAUGAAUCUCAUAUAGUAUCAAACAGUACAUUACACUACCAAAACACCAACUUUCCACCUCAUAUACUGCACAUACUAAACUUUGCUAGUCAAACUACAAAUGGUAUCAUUGUAUUACCUCAAGAAAGUGAGGUACUUGAUAUGCAUAUCAUCACACAUAUUCUCCACAGCAUCCCUUAAAUCCAAAAGCUCAUACCACACCUUUGUAAUUUCCUGCAACAUUAUCAUAUCAACCAAGAGAAGAAGAAAUCAUGAAAUAAUUUUAAUCUUAAGUUAGUAAUUUCUCAUGAUUUAAAUAUAUGUUAAGUUCUAUGUCUUUUGAUUGCUAACAGAUCAACAGUAAGAUUCCAAAGGACCCAAUUUAUAAGGUCUUAUAAAUUUGAGAUUUGAAAACUUCAUGAGAAAAACUUCAAAACUUCGUCUUCCUUCCUAGAUAUUGAUCGAAUUUGAUAUACCAACCUACAAUUACAUAAAGAGACAAAAAUCACCAUCUAUUAACCUUUACCUUUGUUAGCGUUUCUUAGGUGUUGGGAGAGAGAUCGUCUCGUUCGUUUGAGCUUGUAAAGUCUGUUAGCUUCGUGGAGAACUCGCCAUUGUCGUGAGAUCUCGCCGGAAAACUCAUCAGCGUCAUCAGAUCUUAAACUCGUCAGUAUUCAUCAAAUCUCGUCGGGAAGUGUCGUUAAAUCUCCUCAGAAUCUCACAUAUCCGAUAGUUGUCUUUUGCCGGAGCUCGCCGAAUUCUCACAUUGAGGAAGAAGAUAGAAAUUAAUUAGGGACAUAAUGGUCAUUUUUCUGUUAAAAUUUUGAUGGUAAAACUGGUUAAGGUAUAAAUGAAAAUUGGUAUUAGGAAAGUGGUAUUAGUAUUAAUUAUUUGAUCAAAAAUAAAUAAAAAAAAUAAAGAAAGAUUGGAGAGCAUAUGGCCAGAUGUAGUAUUUAAUUAUUUGGACGUUCGAAUUCAACUCAAAGAUUAUCGUAUCUUGAUUGAGACAUUAAAUAAAUCGCGUUCAUAAUUAAGAAGUACAGCUAGUGAAAUAAUUAACUAAUCGGGUUCAUAAUUAACUAAUCGCGUUCAUAAUUAAGAAGUACAGCUAGUGAAAUAUAUUUUGACUUAAAUAAAUAAAAAUCGAGAAAAAAAUCACAAUAAACGCGGUAUAUUACAAGGAACCACGUCUAUCUGUCUGGUCGGAAAUUAGAAGUAGUUGACUUUUAAGUUAAACUGAUGUAUGCAGCAUGCUCCACAGAUUACAGAGCCAAGAAAAAACAACUUAAUUAAGCUUUUUUUUUUUUUACUGAAAUUAAUUAAGCUCUUCUUUAAGAAACGUUCAAUACACUCAUUUUGCUUUACAUUUCAUUAAAUUCUCCUGAACCAAUGGCACUAGAAUGUCCCUUCUCUCAUCUCUCUAAGCCUCACAAUGUUUUCCGCCGAGAUUCUCCACAACUCUUUCGCUGCUACGUAUGCAAUGAAGAAUCCAAGGAAUAUUCAGAAUCCUACUAUUGUUCUACUUGCAAGAAAGAAUCUCACAUUGGUUGUUACAAGUUUCAACCUCAGAUUAAACAACACCCUUAUCAUCCCUCCCACCCUCUCACCCUCGUCAUCACUCCUAAUUCCAAUUCUUUGAUACCUAAUUCAUGGCCAGAUGAAGAAGUUAUCUCUCCCCUUGAUGAGAAUCUUGGAGGGUGCAAAUGUUGUCGGAGACAACUUCAAGACAGGUACUAUCAUUGUUCUAUUUGCAAGUUCAGUAUAAAUGCCACUUGUGCGAUAAAUCCACCGCUUCUCACUAUUGUCCCGAAGAAGAGCCAUGAGCAUAUGGCCUUCACUCUCUUUCCUAGACGCAUCUCCUUGCCUUGUGACGCUUGUGGUGUUUUACUCGACAAAGGUAGUGAUCAUGUCUAUACUUGUCUUUCAAGCAACUACAUAGCCCAUAGAAAAUGUAUCUCAUCUCUACCAUGUGUCAUUAAGAUCACCCGACACAUUCAUCGUCUCCAGCACACACCCUCUCUUUUCUCUCCAAAUGCUGACACUUCUGGUUUCGCUUGCGGAGUUUGCCACAAACCUGUCGAUGUCAACUACGGGCAGUACUCGUGCAUUAAGGGUUGCCACUAUGCUGUCCAUUCAAAAUGUGCAACGAGGAAAGAUGUGUGGGAUGGGAAAGAACUCAAAGGAGUGCGUGAAGAACAAGAAAAGGAUGGAGUUGUGGAGCUAUUCCAGAGGAUUGAUGAUGAGACAAUUCUACAUUGUAAUCAUGAGCACCAUCUGAAGUAUUCUGGAGAAAACAAUGAUGUAUGCGAUGGAAACAAGUACUGCCAAGCUUGUCUCCUUCUAAUAGUGGACUCUGAUAGUUUGUAUAGUUGUAUGAAAUGCAACUUUAUUCUCCACGAAGCAUGUGCACUACUUCCUCGCAAGAUAGCUCAUCCACUGCACAAACACCCACUCACACUCCUUCCAUUCCCUACUAAUCUCUAUUUGAUCCAGUUCAAGGUUUUUGUGGAAGGUAUGUUCAAGUGCAGUGGUUGUCACCAAAGAGGAUGUGGAUUCAUGUACCGAUGCACCGAGAAAGGUUGUAGGUUUCAGCUAGACGUCAGGUGCGCUUCUCUUGAAGAAUCAUUUAUACAUGGCAGUCAUGGUCACCCUCUUUUCUUAAGUUUGAACAAAGGUAAAUGCAUGAGGUGUGACACCAAUCAAUGUUCACCGUUUUACCUAGAGUGUGUUGAAUGCACGUGGUUUUUGGGUCUUAAGUGUGCUAUGUUACCAAAUAUUGCUUACUACAAAUUUGAUAGGCACCCACUCACACUUUGUUACGGAGAAAAAGGUACAAGAAGUGGUCAAUACUGGUGUGAGCUAUGUGAAACAACAUUACAUUCAAGUGAAUGGUUCUAUACAUGUAACAUUUGUGGAGUCACUCUUCAUGUUACUUGUUUGCUGGGGAAAGAGGUAUACAUGAAGCCCAACCAUACCAUAUAUAUAAAUGAUGAAAAGGUCGACAUUGUUCGCAACAAUGGUAACCCGCGGCCAUUUUGUGAUAAAUGUUACGAUCGUUGUGUGGAUACAUUGGUAUUAUUCAAAGAGGACUCACGUAAGUAUUGUUGUACAUUGCAAUGUAUGCAAAAAUUACUGGAUCGAGAGAAACAAGAAAAGGAGCACGAAGGAGACGAAUAAAGACAUUUGAUCCAAAUAGACCUUUUGUGUAUUAGCUCGUUUAUGAAUUUAUUUGUCUUUCUUCAAGUAUAAGACAUAAACUAUCAACAGAAAAAUAGAAAGCCUUUUUUCAAAAAGAAAAAACUAUCAACAGAAAAACCUACCAAUUAUUUACUUAUAUUAAUUCUUUUUAUUUUUUAUUAUUUAGUUAUUAAUUAAAUUUUCUCACAUAUCUUAAAAUAUUUUGGUUAAUAUAUUUUUCUUUAUUUGAAGUAAAUUAAAUUUCAUAAUUGAACUAUUUAUUUUUCAAAAAAAUUCAUGAUAUAUAUAUAAUCAUUUUAAUUACAAAAUAGAUACAUCGAAUUUUUUUAUAUAAAACAUUUUGAAAACCAAAACAUUUUUUAUUCUUAUAUUUUAUUGAUGUGUUACUAGAUCGUCCAAUGAUUUAUUAAGUUAUCAUUCACAUGAUCAUACAUGAAAUUAUUUUCAAAUUUUUAAGUUGAGACACCCAAUUAAUCCGGUGUAUAAAAAUGUAAAAGAUUCUCAAUAGUGAUGCACUGAUUAAUCAUAUUCAAUCAUUGUUUUCUGAAUUCUCACUAAAACCAUGAUCAUACCCACAAAAGAUAAUUAAAAUUUAUUCUCGGUGAGAUCCACUAUCAAAUUAACAUGUGCUGUAAAUGACCAAUUAGAAGACAAAGUCGUGAGAAAUAAAAUUUAAAAACCUAUUGGCAUAUUCUAUAGUUUCUAUAUAUGUAAACUAUAGAAUAUGCCAAUACAAUCUAUUGGCAUAUUCUAUAGUUUCUAACAAAAUUUUAAAAACCUACAAUUUAUUCAAUUUCAAACUUAAAACUAAAUUCCUAAAAUCCAAACCAUGGUUUUUCUUCAUCUAGGUUCACCAACCAAUAAUAUUUGGGAUAAUUUGAAAAAUACUCUGUUUGUAGUUUGAAAUUUGGAGAAUAUACUUGUAUUUUUAAGUUUUGAAAACUAUACUCUUUGAAAUGUGAUAAGACAUUUUAAUCCAAAUUUGAAUAAAAAAGUAUACGGUCUCUAACAACUAAAAUACAUAUUUGAAUACUGUUAAUAUUUAUAUGAUAAUACACUUUUUGUGAUUUCAUGUACCUUCGUAAAUUCUCGCAGUAGCUAGGAUUUUUUUUUAAUCAGAACAUCAUCAAAGUAUAAAGUAUAGAAUUGGUGCUAGUAGUUUAUUGGAUGUAUGUGCUUAUUUACUUCGUUCUGUCAAUUUUAGAAGAAAUGUAUCGUAAAUUAUUGUUGACAUUGAGUUGUGUUCAUGUAUGGUGUGCUAAGCAUUUUAUACAUGCUUUGGGAACUUGCUUUGACGUCUCUGAGAUACAGAGAACUGGAACAUAGAAGAUCCAUCACUCAUGAAACACAUCAAAACAUAUACAUAGAUCAUUGUACUGUAUAAAGGAUAUUACUUUUGAUGUCUUCUGAAUCUAAAGAAAAACAAAAGACUAUAGAAAGUUUAUUCGGACUUUUUAUCAAUUGAUGUAGUAAUAAUCGUUACCUUAACAUGAUAAAGCUACACACCUUUAGAUGUUGGCUAGACAAAGAGACGAUGUUAACAAGAUUACAUGAAGAGAAUAUACAAAAUCAAAUAACAUCCAAAAACAUCGAUACAAAAUAAUACACAUAUAAGCGCUACAAAAAUGGAGAACUAGAGGAAGAAAAAGAUGAUACAAAUAAAUGGAUACACAGAAGAAAAAUUGAGAGAAAUAAGGAGAUAGAGAUAAGCGAAAACGUCAUUUUAGUAUUUUUAUCAAAAUAAAUACAAAAUAUAGUAUUAUAAGAUAUAUAUUACGUAGAUUUAGGAGUAUUAUCUAAAAGAAAGUAAUCUGUAAAAUAAUUAUAUAUAUUCAGAUUGGACAAUUUAGUCAUUUAACAUAAAUAAAAGUGUAUUUUUUCAAGAAAGAUAAUUCAAAGUGUAGUUUUCAAAAUAAAAUCUCAGAUAAAUAUAUUUUCUCAAUUUUUUCCAUAAUAUUUUGCUACUUCAUAUUCCGUCUUUUUAAAAAAAGAAUAAAAAUUUGCAAAAUCAUAUUAUGUUUUUAAAAUAAAAAAAUAAUAGUAACUGCCAAAAAAAAAUUACAAUGUUAAUGCCAUCAACAAAACAUUAAACCAUAAAUCAUAAAUCAUAAACAAUAAACCAUAAACUCUUGGAUAAACAGUAAAUAUUUGGGUAAAUCUUAAACUCUAAAUCAAUAAACACUAAACAAUAAAUCCUAAACACUAAACCCUAAACACCGUCAGCAAAACUCUAAACCCUAGACCAUAAAUCCUAAGAUUUAGGAUUUUUUCAAGGGUUUAGGGUUUAUCCAAGGGUUUAGGGUUUAUCCAAAGGUUCAGGGUUUACCCGAAAGUUUAAUAUUUAAUGUUUAGGGUUUAUGAUUUAGUAUUUAUAAUUUAGGUUUACUAUUUUGCUUACGACGUUAACAAUGUUAAAAGAACUUCUUUUUUUUGUCAUCUACUACAAUUUUUUAUUUUAAAAACAUAAUAUGAUUUAGCAAAUUUUUAACAUUUUUUUUUCAAAAACCGAAUAUGAAGUAGCAAAUAAUUAUUGUUUGGUGAACUUACAGCUCCACCUUAGAGUGAACCAAGAAAAACUCAUACAUCAUGGAAUAAUAGAUAAGUGAAUCUACAUAUUCUGUGUUACAAAAAAAAAAUCCUAAUAUCGAUUAUUUUAUUGAAAAUUUGAUAAAGUACUUAAAAAAAAAACUCAAAACGCAUACAUCUGUUUCAAAAAAGAUUAUGAA